CGGUAGCACCUAGCGUAGACCAAACCAAUCAGUAUACAAAUAACGUUCUCUUUAACGUUUUUUUCUCUUUUUGUUUUGAUAGAAUUUUUGUCCAUAAUAAACAAUCAGUGUUCUUAUAAGUUGGACACUUAAAAUAUACCGAACCCAAGGGUUAUCGCAUCCACAAAAUAAAAGUUUAUAAGUAAUCAGGGAAACGUACCUUCUCGCUAGUUUUGCUUUGACCACUACCGUGAUAACACACAGCUUCAAACUUUAGCUCGCAUCAUGGCGAUUUCAGUUAAAGUAAUUUUCCUUAUAUUUUUUGCAUCCCCAAUAUUUUGUUCGGAGGCCGAUUUCGAUCCAAUUGUUCAACUUCCUAACGGAAAAAUUCGAGGCCGCAACCAUGGUCAUUACUUGUCCUUCGAAUCAAUUCCCUAUGCAGAGCCACCAAUCAACGAAAAUCGACUCGAGGCACCAAAACCUUUUUCAGGAAGCUGGUCGGAUAUUCGAGAUGCAACUAUUGCUCCUGUUAAAUGUAUGCAAUGGGAUCAAUUUUUAUUCACGGACGACUUACUAGAUGGCCAAGAGGACUGCUUAACAGUUAAUAUCUACACUCCCAGCAUUGGAGGCAAUAAAACUUAUCCAGUUCUUGUGCUGAUACAUGGUGGAGCUUUUAUGUUUGGAACUGCGGCUCAAAGUGGACAUGAUUAUAUAAUGAAGAAUCAAAAUCUCGUAGUUGUGAAGAUGAACUAUCGUCUUGGACCAUUGGGUUUUCUUAGCACCGAAGACGAUGUGAUAUCUGGUAAUUUUGGUCUGAAAGAUCAACUAUUGGCUAUGGAAUGGACAAAAGCUAAUGUGGCUUUGUUUAAUGGUAAUCCUGAAAGUAUCACCGCGUUUGGAUUUUCAGCGGGUGCAGCUUCGGUCCAUUUGCACAUGCUCAAUAAGAAUUUUGAAAAGAUAGCUAAGGGUGCUGUUUCUCUGAGUGGAACUUCUUUUAAUGAUUGGACUAUUAUGCGAAAUCCCGCACGCAGGGCUAUAGCUUUGGCAAAACAUUUGGAUUGCCCAACCGAUUCUUCAUCGGAAAUAAAGACCUGUUUGAAAGAGAAGAACGCCGCCGAUAUAGUUCGAGCAGUUCGUAAAUUACAAAAUAUCGGUUACAAUCCUUGUUUAGUAUUUGGACCUGUGAUCGAGUCAAAAACCGUUUCGAACGCCUUUCUCUCCGAAAGCCCAGAAGCUAUAGUCAAAAGUGGAAAAUCAGCUCAAAUUCCAUGGUUGGCAUCAUAUUCCAAGAAUGAUGGAGGCUACAAUGCCGCUGAAUUAAUGCAGAAAGAUUCGAAUGGCGUUGAAUUAAUCGAGGUUUUGAACGAGCGUUGGAAUGAAUUGGCACCAGUGAAUCUUUUCUUUGAAAAUACCGUUCCAGAAAAUGAAUUAGAUUCAUAUGCGAGUAAUCUUCGACAAAAAUAUAUGGGCAAUAAGAAUUUUUCAGCUGAAAAUUAUUUGCUUGUACAAAAAAUUUACACAGAUUUAUUAUUUGCCAAUGGAGUUAAGAAAGCAUGGAAACUUCAAAAGGAAUACACUGAAUCUCCAGUUUAUGCUUAUGUGUUUGAUAGUCCAGCUCCAUUUGGUAUUGGACAAAUUGUUUCACAACGUUUUGAUUUAAAAUUUGGAACUGUACAUGGAGAUGAUUUCUAUUUGAUGUUCAAUAGCCCUAUUCCAGUUUCUUUAUCUAAAACCCAAAACGAGCUAUCACAAAAGUUUAUUAAAAUGAUCGAGGAAUUCUGCACAAAUACAACUCUUCAAUUUGGAGAUUGCAAGUUUAUGGAAAAUAAUGCAAACACCAAUGGAUUUUAUGUUAUGCAAAUAAAAUCAGACAGUUGUGAGUCAAGUAAUUUUGAAAAUAUGCUCUAGUGAUAGAAAACUAACAUACAAAUAAUUUUUGAAAAAUAAAAACGGCUAAAGUAAAAACUAAAAGAUUAUAACAAUUUA